CACGGUAACCAAUCAGAGACGUCUGUUAGCCGUUUUGUUGCUAAACUAAAAAGAAAAGGAUGCUGUUGUUCAGUUUGUUCGGGGUUUUUUCACACGGAAUCCAGUUUAACGAUUAAAAAAAUAAUCUUAUUAAAUUCGGACAAAAUAUGUUGCGACACCUGCUUUUUGGUAACAUUUUUAAGUGUUGGUGCAGUAGUUACCAUGGCAACCCGCUAGCUUGUUAGUUAGCCCGCGUUAGCAAACCAACAAGUCUUCAAGAUGUCGUCUUUUGAACACUUGGAUGCUUUGCGAAGACAAAAUAAGGAACUGUUACAAAAACUGAAACAUAAAACCGAAAAUCUACAGCGUCUAAAUUUAGGUUGUUCGAGAAAACCGCCGGGAAAUGAAACACCGGAAUCCGAUUCUGAUGCUGUGCGGGAAUUAGGAAACGGUAGCGCACGCGACCGGAAGCCCCUAACAGAGGGAAAUGGAAGUUUAUUAAAUGUCUCAGAUGCUUUUAUAAAUCUGACUGUCAGUGGAAAUGGUCCAAAAGUGGCCCGAAAUGCUUUGUGUAAACCGAUAAACAUCAUGAAAACACCAGAAGUGACCUCAGACAGUUCAGUACAUGAAGGAACAGAGUGUCCAUCAGAAGACGCCAGACAUGACGUCCUCCUUCAAGACCCAGGGGACAGUCGUCUACAUGUUCAGUUUAAUCCAACUGGAGCAAUGAAGCCCGUGUCCGUUAGCUCACAGCACGAGGGUCGAAGAGCUGUGGGACGAGUCAGAUUUCCAUGUGGAAUGGAUGACCUGGAAACUGUAUCUGAGUCAGAGACACGAUGUGUGCAGCCUUUACUGGGAUAUGACUGGAUAGCUGGCCUGCUUGACGCUGAGAGUUCGUUGACCGAGCGCUCCGAGCAGUUUUUCAGCGAGCUUCGCACCUUUCGCCAAGUCAAUAAGGAGGAGUGCGUCCACAGUGCUUCCUCAUGGCUUCCUGUUGCAGCUGACCUCUGGACGUUAUCUGGAGAUGAUGAUCUGACUAACCACAAGCAUACUCCAGACUCUCACCAAUGCACGUUCUGCUACCGAAUCAACAGUCGGCUUUUUGCAAGUCCUCUGGAUCCUCAGGCUACAUGUCCCGUUUGUAAGAUGCCUAAAGAGAAACAUCCACGCACGGAGAAUGAUCCUGCGUUUAUUAGGGUCAGUAUUCCUCGUUCAACACUUCUGCCAGCGUAUCGAUACAAAGCACACCGCCGCUGCAGCUUCGAUCCGUCGGACAGCCUUGGGUUGCCGUCUCACUGUCUGUCUGGAUGGUCAAACAGCUCGAUAGGAACAGGCUCCGAGAUGAACAGCCUUGAUCUGAGAAGCUCCAUGGAGAUCAGGCCAAAGACAGGAACAGUGCCUUCAGCCCUGCUGGCUCUCUCCGGGUCCUGGGCGUCAGGAUGCCAUCAUUCCCAUCAGCUUUUGGAUGUUUCUCGCCCGGCACAGUAUCAGCUCCAGCACCUUACUGCAGUGAGGACUAAACAAAAUAAAAGCCCCCAUCAGUUUUACUGAUUGUGUUACUCAGUGCUGCUUUCUGCACACACUUUACACACACACUCCACACUAAUAUGCGAUAGACAUCACUGUGUUUCGUCUCGUGUCAUAUGUAAUCAGGCUUUGCUCAGACAGACUCCGGUUACGGUUGAUGAUAUUACAAUAAACUACUGUGCAUCUUAAUCAUCUUUCCUCAGUAUGUCACAUGUCCCGUCUACAUUUUAGUAAACAGACUGAAUAUAUGCUUUAGGAAUGAUAACAAGGAAUGAUAAAUUCCUCCUUAGUGCUAAAAUGUAAAAUUGAAAGGAAGUGCUUUAUUCCUCUGAUACUGCAGCAAACAAUCAUAUUUUUAAAAAAAUUGUUUAAUGCUUUUUUCUUCCCCUUUUAUCUGUCUGUUUAAUGUUGUAGUACGCAACAUGUGUGAAUGUUGUGGUGCAUCUGUGAAACCAGUUCCUGUUGUUGCUUAUGUAUUAACACCUAUAAAUAGCCGUUCUCUCAGUA